AUGGCUGCAGUCGUAUUUAUCACCGUCCACGGCUCUAAUGGCGCCACGAUUUCAUUGGUGUGCUCCAAAACGAAGGUAGCACCGCUCAAACGGCUCACCAUCCCGAGACUUGAACUCACCGCAGCAUUGCUGCUCUCAAGACUCAUGCCAUACGUUCAAGCCACCUCGAAGAUGAACGUUACAGCAACUCACCUGUGGACGGACUCUGUUGUGACACUCACGUGGAUCAAAUCUCAUGCAUCGCGCUGGAAGGAUUUCGUGAGAAAUCGAGUUUCUCAACUUCAAGAGCUCACUGCGAACGCACAUUGGAAAUACGUACCAGGUACGUCCAACCCAGCCGACUGCGCAUCACGAGGAUUAAUUACUGCUCAACUUCAAAGCCACUCAUUAUGGUGGACGGGACCACCAUGGAUUCUCACACCUGAAGCAUGGCCAUCUCAACCCGCGCUUCCGGACAAAUUGAACGGUCAUGAGGCACGUCCUGGCAUUGCUCUAUAUGCAGCUGCAUCUCAGCCGAACUAUCAUUGGGAUCUCAUAUUCAAGUACUCAACCUUCAAUAAAUUAUUGAAAAUAACAGCUCUCUGUUUCAGGUUUAUCGCUCUCUUGAGAGGGUUCUGGGACGGGUCGUUGGACUCGCACUCUGCUUUGGAGAAUGCCAGAUUUUUCUGGAUCAAGGCUAUUCAAGCGGCAUACUUCACGUACGAGAUCAAGAUACUCACGGCCAACUCGAGAUCACCAACUGCUCACGCAUUCAGUCGAUUGACUGCGUACAUAGACGCUCAAGGACUCAUCCGAGUUGGUGGCCGUCUCAAUCAAAACCAACAUUGGAUCAAGACAACAAACAUUAGGCGAUUUUAA